ACACUCAUAGUGAUACCCAGUAACUAAAGCGCAUUUCCCGAGUAGACUGCGCCACAACACGAGAUCAGCGUUCCUUGAUUUUCUGUGAGAAGUUUUCCAUCGUAUUUCUAUAUAUCUUUCUCAGGAGACAGAAAAGCUGCAACACAGAGAUGAAUCACGACAGUUACUUCAGCGAUUCAUCAACGCACAACAAAUUAUCAUUCCUCAUCAGUACAAGGCAGGAGAUAGAGACUUGGAAAACAGGUCGGAAUUUAGCUUCAGGACUGCCGAAUCCAGACUUCUUUCCCCUCACAGAAGCGACGUUCACUCUUAAUAAUGGGAAAGUCUUGGACAUAUCAAAGGAUCUUAUUGAAGUGGCGUUGCAAUACACAUUACCUGAUGGAAUCCCGCAGUUAGUAAGUCAGCUGACGCCAAUGGUUGCCGAGUUACUGGCGCCCCCACACAUGGAGGAGCGGAUGGUGUUGGUGACAGCGGGAUCGAAUGCUGGAAACUACAUCAUAGCAAAAACCUUUAUCACUCCUGGUGACUAUGUAUUUAUUCCAGAAAUGACCUAUCCGCAAAUUCAUAUCUUACUUCGGUCUGUCAACGCGAGGAUGGUGCCUGUCGCUGGUGAUCAAGACGGCAUGCGACCUGACUUGCUACGGGAGGCCCUAGAGAAGAGUUCUGACGGCCGAAGCAAGCUGUUGUACAUAAUACCGCAUGGAGACAACCCUACAGGCAUCACUUUGAGUGAAGACAGAAUGCGUGAAAUCUACAGCCUGGCGUGUGAAUAUGAUUUCCUCAUCGUUGAGGAUGAUCCGUAUUACUUCCUGCAGUACGAUAAACAGGUUCGUUCAUCCUUCCUGAGCCUUGACACAGAAGGGCGAGUGAUACGCGUGGACACAUUCUCUAAAACUAUAGGAGCUGGCGUCCGGCUCGGCUACAUAACGGCUGAUCAACCUUUCGUGAAGAAAUUAAUGAUACAGCAUGCAUUGAUUAUGAGUCAUGCUUCACCAUUCUCCCAGGUGGUCACUUCCGAGCUCCUAAGCAGUUUGGGUCGCGAGGGUUACAUAGAGAUGAACAAGAACAACGCCAUGAAGUACAAGCAAUUACGUGACAUGGCGUUGCAAGCGGCCACCAAACACUUAACUGGUCUGUGUGAGUGGAGGAAGCCUGAUGGAAUGUUCUUGUGGUUGAAGGUUCUGAGACUCGAAGAUGUGACUGAAAUGGUAAUACAGCGUUGCUUUAAGAGGGGCCUUUUCAUUGUGCCCGGAUGCGAAUUCUUGAUUGAUUCAACUCAGCCUUCCCCAUAUAUCAGAGUGAGCUUCUCCAUGAUAUCCCAAGACUCAGUAGACAAGGGAUUCCAGAUACUGGCAGAAGCCAUCCAGGAGGAACUAAAGAAGGCUGCACCAGAAAUCUGAACCAGAUCAUUAUUUAGUUCAGUGAGUGAUUCACUAAAUCAACUUCAAACAAUCAUGCACACCUACAACUGUAAAGAUGUCAAGGCUGCUUUACUGGUAAUCCUGGCUUUCCAUACUGAGUUUCAGCCAAACCCUUUUGACUCUUGGCAUGGCAUCUCAGUGGGCAUUUUUAUCAACUUUUUUUUUUUUCUUUGGCUGGAUUCAUUCCUACAUAAAAAAAUGAAUGUAAAUAAAUAAAAUAGAAUUAAAAUUGUAUAACAAAGUAUAUCAUGGGGAAGAAGGUCUCAUGAAAAUUAGUAUAAGAAAGUAUUAGUGUGUUCAUUUAAUCACUUUGAUAAAGACAUUUUUUUUUUUUUUUUUUUUUUUUUUUUUUUUUUUAGGAAAUAAAAGCACUUUCCACUUGGCAUGUUUUGUAGAAAUAAAGUGGACAAACAAGCUUCACACACACACACAAACACCAGCAGGCAGCAGGUGACUGAGGUGAGAUGAAUUAUAUAUAUACACACACACACACACACACACACACACACACACACACACACACACACACACACAGAGUGACUUGGAACAAACAUGAUAAUACAACUGUCUGCACAAAAACUAACUAUGAAUUUACAAUAAAGUUGAACAUAAAAAGAAACAGAGAUGGGACAGCACAAUCCCCAAGCGUGGCUCUUUUCCAGUAUAUCAUAACACGUGCUUAAUGUUUUCCAAAACUAAAUAAUUCUAAAUAAAGCAUCCAUGUAUCAA